UAUGAUGAGGGGUUCUGACAUGUUCAGUCGAAUCGUGAAACAGUUUUAGGCACUGAAAUGCCUCGGAAUAUUUGAGAAUUGAUAAGUUACAUAAUUUAAUACUACUAGCUGGUACCGUACGUUACAUAUUUGAAAAAAAGCAAUUUAUUUACCAAAUUAUCGAGUUGGUACAAAAAUAUAUCAUGGUGAAUGAAAAAGAAUUUUGGGCAGAAGUUACAAAAGAGAUUCCAAAAUAUAAGAACAGAAAGCUAAGAGUGGUACCAGCUUUCACUAUACAGGCUUUACAGGAGAAUACAACAGUUGCUAAGCCACCCUCUUGUGGCUUAUACAAACCUCGUCGACCAAAACCAUCAGCCUUUAGAAAAUAUUAUACUAGCGGUGUACUACCCAUUUCAUUGGAAAACGAAGGAAAUGGCCCAAAGAUAGGAUGGAAAGUCGACAUUGAUAUGUUGGACUUCCAUCACUAUUUGCCAAUGUUUUUUGAUGGAAUGACAGAGACAGAAAACCCUUACAAAUUUUUAGUCACACAAGGGAUCAGUGACUUACUGGCACAUGGUGGACCUAAAAUAUUACCAGUUGUUCCUCAACUCAUCAUACCCAUCAAGACUGCCUUGAACACGAAGGUCCCAGAGAUCAUUUGUACGACAAUGAAGAUGUUGCAGCACCUUGUACGUUCUGCAGAUUGUGUUGGAGAAGCUCUUGUCCCUUACUUCAGACAAAUUUUACCCGUUCCAAAUUUACUCAAAGACAAAAAUGUUAACCUUGGGGAAGGUAUUGAUUACUCCCAACAAAGAGGAGAAAAUGCUGCAGAUGUGAUACAGGAAACUCUUGAAAUACUUGAGAGAUACGGUGGCGAAGAUGCAUUCAUAAACAUCAAAUACAUGGUGCCUACAUACGAGUCCUGCAUGAUGAAUUGAUGUGGAUAAAUGUACUUGGUUUUAAAAUUGUCACU